AUGAAAGUGUUGUGGUUCUUAGCUAUUGGCUGCUUAGCGGUUUCUGCUUCUGCUUCUGUCUUUGACGAAGAUAAUACACGCAUCCAUGGUGAAAAUGGCUGGUAUGUACCACGUUUAGAUGGUUCAUACGAUUGGAUGAACAAGGAAGAAACCGAGUCUUAUCUCGAGACCAUGGAAAAUAUUGAAGACUUUGGCUUGUCUACUACCCCCGUUACAUUCUAUUUAUAUACUAAAUUGAAUCCCAGCAAGGGUAAAAAGAUUAGCGCCACCAAUAAAUCCAUUGAUGCCUCCAACUUCAAUCCUGCCCAUCCCACCCGAUUUGUUAUACAUGGCUGGACUCAAAGUCAUCUCGCAGGCAUGAACAAGGACAUACGUGAUGCCUGGUUGAGUGUAGGUUUUUACAACGUUAUCAUUGUCGAUUGGGCUCGUGCUCGUUCUGUAGACUAUGCCACUUCCGUUUUGGCGGUGCCCAAGGUUGGCAAAAAGGUCGCCAACAUGAUUGACUUUUUGGUGAAAAACUAUGGCAUGUCCUUGGAUACUUUAUAUGUGAUUGGUCACAGUUUGGGUGCUCAUGUUGCUGGUUAUUCGGGCAAGAAUGUUCAAACUGGUCAAAUUCAUACUAUUGUUGGUUUGGAUCCUGCGCUGCCUUUGUUCAGCUAUGACAAACCCAAGAAACGUUUGUCCACCACUGAUGCCUACUAUGUCGAAUCUAUUCAAACUAACGGUGGUGAAUUGGGUUUCUUGAAGCCCAUUGGCAAAGGUGCCUUCUAUCCCAAUGGUGGCAAGUCUCAACCUGGUUGUCCCUUGGAUAUUGCUGGUGCCUGUGCUCAUGGCCGUUCUUGCACAUAUUAUGCCGAAGCUGUGGCUCAGGACAAUUUUGCCACCGUCAAGUGCCAGAAUUACAAGAAUGCUGUUUCAAAUGACUGUGGUGCCACCUACAGCUCUGUGCGCAUGGGUGCUGACAAAAAUUCCUUCAUGGUUGCUGGUGAUUUCUAUGUACCAGUCAACAAGAAAGCUCCCUUUGGAGUAUUAGGUUAGAUUAAAAUACAACAUGAAUUUUGAAUAAAUAUCACUGUGUGAUGUUAAUGUUGUAUUACUCGG